CCCGCGGCAGCCGGUGUCUUAGUUCGCGUCGCAGAUGUGCGGACGCGACCAUGCAGCUCGUUUCGUGCUGGGGUCGUCGAUAGUGAAGAGUCGUGAGGUAGAAUGAACAUUCGGCGGAAAAAGUCCGGCCUGACCGAAGUGAAAGUCGCGGUCGUCGGAGCGUCCGGUGUUGGAAAAACAGCCCUGACUGUACGGUUUCUGACCAAGAGGUACAUCGGCGAGUAUGAUCAUCAGAAUGAGACGCGGUACAAGCACGAGACGAUGGUGGACUCGGACACGGUGGUCUUCGAGAUCGUGGACACCUGUCCGUCCCGCUCGUCGUCUUUGACGGCCAACGGCGGCGGCCACCAACUGUGCAGCCUCGAGACGGCCUCCUGGGCCGACGGAUUCGUGUUUGUUUACGCGAUCACGGACAAAAGUUCACUGGACUCACUGCGCCUCGCGAGACAACAAAUCAAGGAGGCCAGGGUGACCAGCAGGGGUACCAACUGGCCAGCGCCCUGCGUGCUCGUCGCCGCCAAAGCUGACCUUGUGCACUUCAGACAAGUGUCGAUGGAUGAAGGGGAGCAGUUGGCUCACGACUGGGAAUGCACCUACCUCGAAGUGGCCGCAGCUGAAGAGGUACAAUCGUCGACGGCCGUUUUCCAAACACUUUGCCGCGAAGUGCUGGCAGCUCGAAGACGCGGCAAGCAGAGUCUCUUGGACAGAAUGUUCGCCUCGGCCAAAAGUGCCACUUCGACAAAAGCGACCACCUCCAACAGCCCCCGAUUCUAUGCCAGGGGCAAGAGCGACAGUGCCCUUCCUCCGUGAAAUGAAGAAAAGGUGAUUUGUCCGAAUCAUUCCUGCAAAUUCGGUAUGCAACUUGUACUACUGCAGAACCGCGUGUGUUGCAUAUAGAUCCAGUGAGAACUGGUCACUUCUUUCAGUAAAAAAUUAUAUCGCGCUGUGAGAGACUGUUAAUUAUGAGGAUUGUGUACAUAUUUAUAUUGCUAACUAUUUGUAAAUCUGCUGGGCUGCUAAAAUUAAAUUGCGAGCAAUGCUAUAAAUUUUAAUCUCAUUUAAUUUCAUAACAUCAAUAAACCACUUUUUAACUUAAUAUUCAUUACAAGUUUGGCAUGGAUU